AUGUUGUCUAAUAUAUUUGGAAGUGUGUGCUCAAUAAGCUUAAAUAUAGAUCCUGGAGAAAAUAGAAAAUUUGCAUUUUUAAGAAAAGAUAAAAAGGGUGAAAGAUGCCCAAUUUUUUCAGAUGGUGAAGAUAUAAAUGGAACAGCAACAAUAAGUUUAAAACCUGGUAAAAAAUUUGAACAUUAUGGUAUUAAAUUAGAAUUAAUUGGACAGAUAAAUAUAUUAAAUGAUAAGACAAAUUCAUAUGAUUUUUUUUCAAUGUCAAAAGAUUUAGAACCUCCAGGCUUAUUAAUAGAAAGUAAACAAUUCAAAUGGAAAUUUUCAUCAGUUGAUAAACAACAUGAAUCAUAUUUUGGAGUAAAUGUGCAACUCAGAUAUUUUGUUAGAUUAAAUAUUAUAAAAGGAUACUCUGGUAAUAUACAAAAGGAGCUUGAUUUUAUUGUACAGAAUUUGUCUAUUCCUCCUGAAAUAAAUAACACAAUAAAAAUGGAAGUAGGAAUAGAAGAUUGCUUACAUAUAGAAUUUGAAUAUGAUAAAUCCAAAUAUCAUUUAAAAGAUGUGGUUGUAGGAAAAGUUUAUUUUUUAUUAGUAAGAAUAAAAAUAAAACACAUGGAAUUAGAUAUUAUAAAAAUGGAAACAUCAGGCGUAGGCAAGAAUUAUACAACUGAAUCUGUUACUUUAUCAAAAUUUGAAAUAAUGGAUGGAUCACCAACAAAAUCUGAGUGUAUACCAGUUAGAUUAUAUUUAAGUGGUUUUGAUUUAACUCCUACAUAUAAAAAUAUUCAGAAUAAAUUUUCAGUUAAAUACUAUAUUAAUCUUAUUAUUGUUGAUGAGGAAGAAAGACGAUAUUUUAAAAAGCAAGAAAUUUUUCUUUGGAGAAAAAAGUUGGGGUAA